AUGGGUAUCACAUUUUCUCUGCCAUGUAAUACAGCUAAUGAUGUUGUCAAACAUUGUUAUAAAUGCAGUGCUGAACAAUCAAGUUACAUCUACAAGCUUGAAGAUAAUCUUAAGAAUCUAACAAAAGCUCUGAAGGAUUUAACAGAUAAGAAAAAUACCAUAUUAAGGAGAGUCACACUUGCAGAGGAACAACAGUUGACACGGUUGGAUGAGGUGCAAACAUGGCUUACAAGGGUUGAGACCAUCGACACUGACGUCAAUGAAAAACUACUGCAAAGAAGAACUGAAGAAAUCAACAGACUUAGCCUUUGGGGUUGUUGUUCAACAAACUAUAAGGCCAGCUAUAUGUUUGGGAGAAAGGUGUCUAAGAAGAUGGAAGAAAUUACUGAUUUGCUUAAAGAGGGAAAGGGUUUUGAAGUGGUGGCUGAAAGGGAACCAAUAGCUGCUGUGGCUGAAGUACCAGUGGAGCCAACUGUGGGCUUGGAAUCAGUUUUUGACCAUCUUUGGACAGAAUUCAACGAUGACAAUGUGAGAAUUAUGGGGCUGUAUGGAAUGGGAGGGGUGGGAAAGACCACCCUGUUGAAAAAAAUUAAUAACAAUUUCCUUAAUGCUCCAAGUAAUUAUUAUGUGAUAUGGGUAGUGGUGUCAAAAGAUCACACCCUUGAGAAGAUUCAAAAUAAGAUUGGAGAAAAGCUUGGCUACUCAGGUGACACAUGGAAGAGCAAAAGCUCUCAGCAGAAAGCUGAAGACAUUUUCAAAGUCUUGAAUAAGAAGAAGUUUGUUAUGUUAUUGGAUGAUUUAUGGGAGAGAGUCGAUCUUGUUAUAGCAGGGAUUCCUUUGCCAAAUAAUCAAAAUGAAUCCAAGCUUGUCUUUACAACUCGUUCCAUGGAAGUUUGUAGUGAAAUGGAUGCUGAUAAAAAAGUUGAAGUAAAGUGCUUGUCACCAGAAGACUCGUGGAAAUUGUUCAAAGAAAAGGUGGGAGUGAAAGCUCUCAAUAUUCAUCCAGAUAUCCCAUGUUUAGCAGAAAAAGUUGUGGAAGAGUGUGAUGGGUUACCAAUAGCACUAAUAACCAUAGGACGCGCCAUGGCUCACAAGAGAACGCCUUCAGAAUGGUUGUAUGCAGCUCAUGUGUUGAGAACUUCAGCAUCAAAAUUUUCAGCUAUGGGAGAUAAGGUACUUCCUCUUCUUAAGUUCAGUUAUGACAAUUUAUCAAGUGAGAAACUCAAGUCUUGUUUCCUUUAUUGUGCAUUAUUUCCUGAAGAAUGGAAUAUUGAUAAAGAUGACUUGGUAAAUUAUUGGAUGUGUGAGGGAUUUUUGGAUGAAUAUGAUGAUGAAAUUUAUGUGAAAUGCCAAGGAUAUGAUCUUAUUAGCUUGCUUCUUUGUUCAUGUUUAUUAGAAGAGGUUAGUGAAUCAAGUAAUCAAGUGAAGAUGCAUGAUGUCAUUCGCGACAUGGCGCUAUGGAUUGCUAGUGAUUGUGGGAAGGCAGAGAGUAAAUUUUUGGUGAAAACAAAUGCUUUAUUGGUUGAUCCCCCAAAGAUUGAAAAAUGGAAUGAGUUUGAAAUGAUCUCUUUGAUAGGAAACAAGAUCAAGUAUCUUUCUUUAACUACAACAUGUCCCAACCUCUCAACUUUGUUCCUUCAAUCUAAUGAUUUGCGUCGAACUUGUGAUAAAUUCUUCAACUCCAUGCCUAAAUUAACAGUUUUGGAUCUAUCAAUCAAUAGAAAAUUAAGUUAUUUACCAGUGAAAAUUUCAACUUUAGUUUCCUUGCAAUAUCUUAACCUGAGAGGUACAGAAAUAAAAGAAUUGCCAAAAGAGUUGAGUAGCUUGGCAAAGUUGAAAUACUUGAACUUAGAGGGGUUAUCUUCUCUAGAUAUAAUCCCAAAAAGGUUAAUAUCAAGUUUUUCUCUAUUGCAAGUCUUAAACAUGUUUGGAUGUGGAGUGUCCAAAAAGAUAGUGAUGGAUCAUGUCCAAUGUGGAGGUAAUAAAUUACUAGUACAAGAAUUGCAGCGCUUGAAACAUGUUUUAACAUUGGGUGUCACCAUUAAAUGUGUCAUUGCCUUUGAGAGGUUUUUGACCUCUGAAGUGCUUCGAAACUCCACUCAAACCUUGUUUCUCCAACACUUAAGCACCUUACAGUUUCAUAAUCUUUCAUCUAUGGCGAUUUUACUCCGACUUUCUAUCCGCCACUGUCAGAGCUUGGAAGCUUUGCAGAUUGACUUGAAUUGGGAAAGAAGAGAACAUAAAGCAUUGUUUGGAAGCCUUCGUGAUAUAAGUAUUCAUUACUGUCCAAAACUCAAGGACUUGAGUGGAAUUAUUUUCGCUAGAGAAUUGAGUCAUCUUCUUAUCUACAAUUGUGAAGCACUUGAAGAAAUAAUAAGUGUGGACAGAGUUGGUGAUACUAUUCCAGAAACUAAAGAGCCAUUUGUUAAACUUGAGGCUAUAACAUUGUCUGAUUUACCAAAAUUAAAGAUUAUCUAUCCAAAUCCCCUGCCUUUUCAUUGCCUCAAGUUACUUGAUGUGUUAAAAUGUGAAAAGCUGAAGAAACUUCCAAUCAGUUCUAAUGUCACUAGAGCAUCUAAUCUGACUAUUAGGGGACAAAACCAAUGGUUUUUUGAUAUGCAAUGGGAGGAUGAGACCACUCGAGACACAUUUGUCCACUGUUUUUCUGGUGACUAUAUGGAUGACAUGGAUUAUUUGGAUCUUGAUUCAUGGUAUGAUUAG